CUGGCAGACAGAGAGGAUGGCACAACGGGAGGAUUUCUUAGUAUCUGUUCAGCAGCUCUUUAUAUCCUGCAGUCUGCCAGUGUCUGUUAGAGAAGAGUGAACUUUGUCAUUUUGGUUGCAGCAGGAUAUCUCCACUCACCAGAACAUCUCUGUGAUCUUCUAGCAGAAGGAUGUGUUGACAACAAGAUGGCACCCCCGUGUCUCUGUCCUGGGAGAAUGGAUUGUUGCUGCUAGCUCUGCACUGACUGAGCUGUGCUUACUGAAGAUGUUAGCUGGACUUUUUUCAUGUUGUUGGGCCUCUAUCUUAAGUGUGAAGCUAAAUUGGAUGUCUAAGGAAACAUGUGGACAGAGAUUUCCUUUAUUUCUUCACAAGACAAAGAAGCUAUGGCAUUUAAAGGAUGUGUUUAAUUCUCAGUGAUGUCAGUGAGGACUUUUUAUCCCCGGGAGCAGAAGCAGCUAAAUGUGGAGGCAGGGAAGUCUCACAGGGAGGAAGAUGAGGAAAGAGACUGUUUGCAGCAGCUCUCCUGUUGUCCUGCCUGCAACCAGGGGUAUGACAUCAUCCUGUUCCUGCCGUGCUCUCACACCAUGUGCGGUCACUGUGUGGCGGCUGGAGAGGGAGCAAGGUCAGAUCAGUCUAACGUCGGCCCGGUGGUCUGCUCUGUGCUGUGCCCGUGCUGUCGUCAUCCUGUGGAGCUGCCAUGCUGGAAGUGGUCAUCUGCCACUUCCUGUCUCCCAAGACAUCCCACACUGAGUCCUGCAUGUGUCGACAGGGAGACGGGCACCAAGGAGGGAGCAGCUGAAGGCCACAUUCAACAUGUGCAGGGGGACACACACUGCCAGGAUGCAGUUGACAUGACAACACAGAGCUGUUUACAUGACUCCAGUGCUGACACUUCCUCAGUAGCACCAGUGGAUGGUGCUGUAGACCUGCGGGAGGAGGAGAUGGAGCAGUCAGUCUUUGGACUAUGUUUUGCUCUGGACGCUUCAACUGUCCCUCCAUCGCUCCAUCUUUCCAACUCCUCCCUCACCGUCACCUACCAAGGAGAGACCCCUCCUGGCCUGCCUCCAGACAGCAAGGCCAGGAGAUCUUUGACCUCUGACCCCGGGGUCACGCCGGCCCUGCCGCAGGUCUGCGCUGAUGUUGUCAUCGCACGAGGACAGUAUUACUGGGAGGUGGAUGUCUGCAACAGCUCAGUCUACAGGAUCGGUGUGAGCUCAUUGGAUGGUUCUGGUGGCUGGUGGCUUGAAAGGCAGGGCUGGUCUUUCUGUGCAGUGUAUGAUGGCAGCCGGGAGCCGCUCUGCACUGUCCCACCUCAGAUCAAAACCCUCGGGGUCUUCCUCAACAUCGGAGGACACGCCCUGAGCUUCCACAACCCUCUGACCCAAGAGCACCUCGUCACGCUUCCAACACGGUUCAACCCUGCUGGAGUUCUCCCGGCUCUGGGCCUGGGCCAGGGUCGACUGAGGCUGCGCUGUGGCCUCCCCCCUCCUCCUCAUGUGUUCCUCAGUAAAGACUCGGCCUACAGGCGACCCUGUGGGGCUGGUGGAGGCCGGUGGCGCAGGGAGAUUCCCUUCCAGUCAGUGAGGAAAGUGAUACAGAAGUUUGAGGAGCUGGCUGUGUCAGACUCAGACUCAGGCCUGGUGUCCAGUUUUGGAUCGUCCUGCUCCACCUUGGCUUCUUUGCCAGAUCUGGGGAAUCCUGGGAUUUUUCCCUGUGGGCAAGCAGGACAGGAAACUGGGGCUGAAUAAGAGACUCUUCAAUGGGAGCAUCAGAAACACGCCCACUGCUCCUCUGAGUGGUUUGAUCUUUGACUGUCAUUUGAAAGGCUAAUUUUUUUUAUCUUGAAGGACUUUUGGUUGCCUCUUUCCACUCUCUGCGUGAUCCCGGACCUGCAAUUGACUCUCUCCCCAGGACGCAGCCCUUUCUCUCAUCCAAACAACCCCCACUGGUUUGGGAUCAGGCCAGAAGAGUCCUCCGUAAUGUGAAGUGUGAGGAAAGGGUGGGCUUUAAGCAGCGGGACUCCAUGAUUUGUCUCUGUGUGACGGUUGUCAGACAGUAGGGGUUCUACACUAUUUGUGCGCACGUUCCUGAAUGUGUGUAUGCGGGCACAAGCACUACCCCGAGUGUGUGCAUUUGUUCAGUCGCAUUUAUGUGUGUGUGCGAGCAAGAGGGAACAAUGUACGAGCAGCAGGGGGUGAGAUGACGAGGUGUGAGUACAGUGACACCAGCAGUGUUGACACAGAGUGGAGAGGACAGGUGGUAACAUAGGUUUGUCCCGCGGCCUGCCUUCGAUAGGACAGUAAGGCUGCCCUUUGCUGACCCUUUGAAAACCACAGGACUCCCCAAGACUUCAAAAGGCAUGACGGGCAGAAGGAGUACAGAGAGGGAGAAAGAGAAAACAGCAUGCAUGAAUUUAAGACAGCAGGUGAUGACCUGGUUAAAAAGAAAUGGGCAGAGAGAUGGAUUCCCAACAGCUUUCAUGCCAAGAAGCUCUGAAUAGAUCAACAGACUCAGGCCACAACAUCUGAGAGUUUGUUUUAAGGCGGUACUGUGCUGCUACUUUACAUCAGAGGGGAUUAGUAAUGGAGACACAUUAGUUUUCUAAUGUGAGGUGGUACAUAAUAUUCCAGGCUGUUGUCAUGCAAUGUUUGUACGUUUUCCUACGAAAAGUAAUACACCAAAAUUUGUACGUAUCAGAUGUAAUGAUGAGCCAGUUAUUUGUGCAUAACCCAUGUAUUUUGGAAGUCUGCGAUCAUGCAACAAAUGUGCUGACUGAGUGGCCCAGUAAGGAGGCAGAUUGGGGUGGAGGACUGGUCACAAAGGACAGGACUUUUCCCUGGAAGACUGGUGUUCAAAACCAUAUGAACUUUGAUUAAUUUUAAGGUAUAUUAUCACCAUGUUGCUUUUCCUUAACCUAACCAGUAACCUUACUUGCCCAAACCUAACCUUUGUAAAUUUACCUACAUUGCGUAACUUCACAUUGAGGAUAUAACGUCAUUCGUGGGGUGCUAAUUCAUAGGACAUCAUACGAACUGUUGUAUGAGGACACACUGAAUACUCUUCACUAUGUUUUCAUUAGUUUAUGAUCACCUGAAAAUAUGAGCUGUUUAUAUCUACAAACACAGCGGGCUCCUCUUCCACGAAGUCCGCCAUGUGCACCAGCUCUAGUUAGGGCCAUUCGCAUUUUCACAUUUUAGCCUUGGCCACCAUGGUUCUCCUGCAUGCUUGGCACAUGGGUGAAGUUUCAUUUCUGAAAUCUCACCACUAGAUGUCACUAAAUCCAACACGUUCUGAUCCCAAGUUGUUGCAUAUUGCCACUUUGUCAUUUGACUUUCACGUCCAGAUAUUAUGCACUAGGUCAACACAGUCUCAUUUCGAAGUCGUUGAAUACCGCCACUUGGUCCGUGACUUCAGGCAUCAGACCCCCAUGAAAGAAAGCUAUCCUUUCACGUCAACAUGAUACAAUGCCAGUUGGCAUCAGGGGAAACAUGGCGGGACAACAGCGUAAAUUAAGGGGGCGGAAGUCCAAGUAGGGCCAGCGGGACAAGUGGUGCAUGGGUCCAGCAACCACAGACUUUCACCAGGAAGGCCGGUGUUCACUUGCUGUAAGAUUGUACGGCAAAACACUGUUCUGUUUUUUCCCAAACCUAACGAUGUGCUUAUCUUGAAAAAGACAGUAUGUAAAAGUAUACAUGUCACAGGCUGAAGUUGACACGGCGUUCCAAAACAUCAACGACCGAUCCCAGCUCCUUAUAUUACGUAAUUACUGGCAGUAUUUUAAACUGAUUCCAACAAAUGGCGUAUCAAACCAUCACAAAAGGUGGCUUUUGGUGUCUGUGUCUGAUACCAAAAUCACGAACAAAGCCACAGUAUUUGAAGUCUUUCGAAUAAGACCAGGCUGCUGAAUCCUACACGCUGGACCUUUAAUUGAUGAAAGUGACACUUUCAGUCGUGAUUAUAUUUGACAGAUGUUACAAACAAAUGUGUAUAAUACCCCUUUUUACUGAGGGUUUUCUCUGCAACUAAAACUUCCUCCUGUGCUUCUUCUUCAUCGUUGGCUUUAAGCUCCACACACCCUGGUUUUUGCAUGUUAGACACACACUUAAUGUGAGUGAUUCUGGCAAAGGAAACAGUGAGAGUAUAAACUUUUCCUCAUUUUCUCCUCCAUUCCCGAGGCUCCAAGCCCUAUUUGAGGAACCACUGGUGGCUAACACUUGGCAUGGUCACUGUUCAUAUUCUCCCUGUGACCACUUAUGAUUGAGUAAUUCAGGCCCCGUUCCCAUCUCCUCCUCUCUUGUCAGUUUUUUUUCUUACAGUGACUUUUUGCCUUUUUAGAAGGUGCAAAACCUUAAUUCUCAUUGUAGGAUGAGAAAAAAGCUCACAAUUAAAACAAGCAUCAAUCAGCAGUAGCAGAGCCCAGCAGGGGCCCUUCGGCUCUGAGGAAGAGUAGCAGUGGAGCGGGGCCAACUUUCCAUUGAGCAUCAUUCAUUUCAUGCAUGCACCAAAUCAGUGAAGCAUCGGGUCAGACUCAGUAAUAAGCGAUGAGUCAAAGAGAAGCUUGUCAGACUGUCGCCUCUCAGACCACUCAUCAGGAUGACUGUGUGUUGAUGUUUAACGGUCGAGGUAUUUACCGCGCGAGUAAAAAAAUGCGUGUGCCGUGACCGCUUUUGGCGCGGCUCUCCCUGCACAUCUAUCGGCCUUUAGCAAUAAAGUGUGUGGAAGCAAUUUGACUCUUGUAAACAGAAAUGAGAGGGGCGGGAUGCAGAUUUCAAAGAGCAGAGAGCAGAGACAGGGAGAGAAGGAGACAGAGGGGAGAAGGAGAGGGGGAGUUUUCCAGGAAGGAUGGAUAAGACUUGAAACGUACUAUGCCAUGUGUGCGCAUUUGGCUGCGUCUACUGUAUGACUCUGAGGCAGAUAAGCAAAGUUAGCAACUAAUUGCCCUGUAGAUUGCACUGAGGCACAGCAAAUCAAACAAUAGUAAGAGUAAUACAAAAUAAAACACAAUAACAGAUGACAACACAAGAUAAGCACAAUAAAAAUAAUCAAAUGAGCAGCAUGCUGAGAUUAGAUGUCACUGAUUCAGCAGCCUCAGGUCCUCGGGCAGGGAGCUCCAGAUGGAUGGAUGACCUUCUCAAGAUCAUGUUGAGAGAAAAAGGACCUGAUUUUGGAGAUGAUUCUAAAUUGGUAGAAAGAGGACUGGACGAUGCUUGUAAUCUGUUCUUCAAAGGAGAGAUCACUGUCUUUUGGCUGCAGGUUUGACAUUUGCAGAUCGGAGGCCAAGAUGUUUCUGAACAUGAGCUGUAACUAAGUAGGCUGUAUUUACUCGAGUAUUUUGAGAUAGGCUUAUAGCUGAAUAUUUCUAUUUUAUUUAUUCACAUCUGGCACUGCACUGUGUUUUUUAUUUUCCUGUUGAAUCUGUUUUAUUAUAAUUUUUUUUAUUCUAUUCUUUUAUGUGUCUGUUGUUUCUUGUCUUGGUGCCUUCUGAUGUCUUACCUAUAAAGCACU